AUGAAAGAGAUGAAUCAGAAAAUGGGGACUCACAAGUUCAGAUUCUCAGACAUUGUGCCUCACUCAUGGCUCUAUAAGCUCAAAGGCAUGAGCAGAAGUAACAGAAAACACAUUCCUUCUUCUCCCAAACACCUCUCAUCCUCCGAUCCUUCUUCCACAAGAAAGCUCCGUGACGCUCUUGGCCUCUCUUCAUCUCCUCAAGCUUCUUCUUCAUCCCCAAAACCUUCUUUCAAGAGAAGAACCAAACGUAAAACCGUUUACAAGCCUUCCUCUAGGCUCAAGCUCUCUUCCUCCUCUCUCAACUCUCAUGCUUCUCUCACUUCUUCUCGGAAUCAUCGCUCUAAAUCAUCAUCCUCCUCUGAAAAUGCAGUCUCUGAUUCCACCGUUGGAAGCUCGUCAGAUCCUGUGUUAUCAUCUCCUUCUGAUAAAAACCAUGGCUUUUCUCGUGAUUCUGAAUCGGAUUCAGUUGACAUCAAGGACGACCAGUACUCUGUGAGGAAGCUCGAUGAUGUCUCUGAAGAUCCUUCAAAGUCAGAAAACUUAAACCCUGUUAUGGUUGAGACGGUAAAAGAACCACCUUUUGAGACAAGGACAGAGCAGAAACUGAAGAAACCGAAAGCUGGUUCUUCAGGGAUAAGGAUUCGGACGAAUUCUCCGAAGAUUGUCAGAAAGAAGACAAAGGGAAGAACGAUAAAAGACAUGGGAGCUGCAGAGAGUUUCGCAAUAGUUUUGACUUCGGUGGAUCCGGAGAGAGAUUUCAGAGAAUCCAUGGUUGAGAUGAUCGUGGAGAAUAAGAUGAAGGAACAGAAAGACCUCGAAGGUCUUCUCGCAUGUUAUCUUUCGUUGAACUCGUGUGAGUAUCAUGACAUUAUCAUCAGGGCUUUCGAGAAAACAUGGUUUCAUUUGACUCACCUCGCUUGA